AUGAACAAAUGCCAUAAUUACAAAUUCAAGCCAACAAAGAGGGGUGCUUCUCAAGGGUGGCCAAAACAAAGAUCUGCACUACCUACCAGCCAACCCAGAGAGAAUGCUAUCAUAAGAAGAAACUCCCCUAUAGAAGAACUCAAAAUAUCUCCGUUGUUCGUUCGCCGAGUCAUUGCUGCAGCCAUGGCAAUACGCUUCAUCAUUAUCACACUGAUAUGGUUUGCCAUUUUCAUAACCUGUAAAGAGAUGGGUCAGCCAGUGUUAUGCAACAAUGAGGUUCCAAUUUCUUCAAGAGGUUACUGUGGCCAAUGCCCUAACAACUGGAUAUAUUAUAGAAACAAUUGUUACCAUUUUUUUAAUGAGAGAAAAAACUGGAACCAGAGUCAAGCUUCCUGUUCGUCUCAAAAUUCCAGCCUUCUGAAGAUAUACAAUCAAGAGGACCAGGAUUUCUUUAAGCUGGUGAAGUCGUAUCACUGGAUGGGACUAGUCCAGAACGAAACAAAUGGCUUCUGGGAGUGGGAAGAUGGCUCCACUCUCUCACCCCACCAGUUAACACUGGUGGAAAUGCAGAGCGGAUCCUGUGCUGUCUAUGGCUCAAGCUUUAAGGCCUACACAGAAAACUGUUCAGCUCAAAACACAUACAUCUGCAUGAAGAAGGCAGUGUAA